AUGCCAGUUCUACGAGGUGUCGGCUGCGGAGUCGAGCACGGGCGCAGCGCUAGUCUUCCACGCGCUGCUGCGGGAGGCAAGAGCACUGGCGCUGUUGCUACCCGCACCGCGCCGGAAGCUCGCUGCCUACUCUGUCUCCAAGGUAAUUGGCACGAUUCUCGGUUUGAGCAACAAAAGUGUGAGGAAGAAACGACCGUCGCUAAGCAUAUGAACUAUUUCAUCAUGGCUGUUAACUGGAUCUUGUUGUUCACUGAGAGACAGGAGUUUCUUUUCUUUCUGCUUGGCGGAGAAAAUUUUGUUGGUUGA